UCAAGAUGGCGAACAGACACAACGGGAAAAUGAUGGAGCGAGACUUUUCGGCUUCGACCUCAGUUGAUGAUGACAACUUCGACAUGGAAGCUCUGAAAGCUGAGCUCGAAAAGGAGAAAGAUAUUUAUGCAAUGCUGGAAAGCUCCGUUGGUGAUUUGAAAGUCACGGUUGCUGAAAUGGAAAGGAAAUAUGAACUUGCAAAUGAGGAAGAUAACGAGUGGAAGACACGGUGUGAGACCCAAGAGGAGCUCAAUCAACUUCUUCAGAAGCAGAUUGAGUUUAUGACGGAGCGGCUAGACCAGUCUCGAGACAGCGGCAAAGACGGCUUUGAGAGCGAUAUACGAUCGUACGAUGAACUCUCCGAGGGAAGCUUGAGGAAGUUGUUGAAGCAAAUUGAACGUGAGAAGCAGAGUAUGGAGAGUCAGUUACGAGACUUUGAGUGGAGACUGGACCAGGAGUCUAAGGCGUAUCACAAGGCACAUGAUGAGAGACGUAACCUUCAAACAGAACUGAUUCAGGCCAAAAUGAAACUUGAAGAGCUGAAGUUUACAAACCCCAACGGUCCACAGAAGAAAUUUACCAAUACCACCCCACGAGGGACACGCAGGGCUGAAGAAAACGUGCCUAACGAUCAGCGCAUCUUGGACCCCAAACACGGUCCCAUCAAGAAGACGGCCGCGGUAAAGAAGCUCCCAAAACUCGACACUUGAGGGUCAACCCAGAGGAUCACAUGGCACAACCAUGUGGAAUUAUUGCAUCAUCGUAUCCCAUGACAGAAUCUAAGAAGCGACUCUAGUGCUAAUUCUUCAGUUCACCGAAGUGCCUUAAUAUUGUGGAAAAUGUCAACGCCAGAAGCCAUGCACCAAUAAUUCUAUCACAUCUCAGGAAAAAUUUCUAGCUGUGGGGAGACUUUUAAGCAUCCUACUUGCUUUGACAAAUUAAACAGAAAAUUAGAUUCUCUUCUAAAAGCAGUGUGAAGAUUUGUUCUGCUCAUCGAAAAGUAGAAAAGGAUUUUCAAAAGUAAAAGUCAUAAAGAUUACCAAAUACAUCGUCACAAAUUUUGAAUAUGUUGGAACAAAACAAGCCAUGAAUUAAAAGUAAAUGGCUUUAUUUACUACAAUAAAUGGUUUAUUCUGACGAAUCAAUUUUAUCCUUAAACCAUUUACUUUAAGUAAAUUGUUUACUCUUAAUUAAAUGUAUUCUCGGUUCUCAAAUGUGGCCUAGUGUUAUUAUUAAUGGAUUACCGUGUUACUCUUUUACUCAGUUGAAGUGCCUUUUUAGAGGUAAUUUUGCGAGUUACUCCAGGUGAAUGGUUUACUCAACCAGGUAAAUGGUUUACUCGAUCAACUAGAUAAAUGGUUUACUCCAGAUAAAGUAUUCCUUAUAUACAGUAUAGGGUGAAAUCUAUACAGCUGAAGUGCCUCCUCAGAAGAAAAAAACAUGCCUUGCAAAUGGGUUAAGUUGUUUUUUUACAGAAAAGUGAAGUGCCUUUUUAUAAGAAAAGCCUUGUUCAUUAUAAUUGAGCCCUUUUUUGAAAAAGAAGGUUUUGUAAAAAUAUUUUUAACUGGUUUUCGAUGAGUGUCACAAAAGAUAAGUCAUGAUGAUGGGAUAGUUUUAAAAUGAUAUUUCAUUGUGUGGCUCACUGUUUAUCCUUAUAGUUUAUUUAAAACAUUUAUGUGAAAAGUGUAUAUUUUGUAACGUGUUAAACAUAAAAGGCCUCCGUUGCUGUGCAAUAUCUUUAGUUAUACGACUCAAAAUUUUUGUCUUAAGUAGAUUUAAGUGAAAAUUUAUCACAGUUUUCUGUAUAUACAUGAACAUGUAUAUGAAUAAUUGUAAAAGUUUUUGAAAUUUCUCUAUAUCAUGCAUCUCUUCUCUAGUAAUUCUUGGUUGCGAUAUGGGCUACUAAAUUAAGAAACUGAAUGCUGCCAAUGUUCAGCGAACAAUAUCUGCGUAGCAAAAAUGUACAGGACCAGCUACAAAUAGUACGUGUGAGAUGGUAUUUUGGUUAGCAUAAAUUUGUUGUGCUUAUAGCUACUUUGUAAAGCAGCUCCAUGAAAUUGGACCCUGAGAAAGGCUGGUAGUGCCAUUCCAAUUCAUUCCGAAUUAUGUAUUGGUGUCUGUCAUCCCAAAUGGAUACAGAAGCUUGUUUUGAAUCUUGUAAACCUAUAUGCACCAACUGUCUUUAGUUUGAGGAAUUCUUAUGCAGAAUCCUGACUGGCACCCCCGAACAAAGACAUUGACAAAAUAGGGACAUCACCAAUACAGGGCUAGAUAGCUCAGUGGGUA